AUGCAGUACUCUAUCAUCACGAGUCUGCUGGUGGCACCUCUGCUCGCACUUGCCCAGUUUCCUCCACCAGUAGAGUACUCGAAUAUCUUGAAGUCGCCGAUCAAUGAGAAUAUCACUAUUGCCUACAAGACUCCACCUGCUGGCACUUGUACCACGGCAUUCAGCACCCAGAAGCAAUUCACCGGUUACAUUGGCUUGCCACCAUUCACGCUGCAGCCGAUCCAGCAAAACUACUCGAUCAACACCUUCUUCUGGUUUACAGAGGCACGGCAGAAUCCGGAAACAGCACCGCUGACCAUCUGGAUCAAUGGCGGCCCUGGAAGCAGCAGCAUGAUCGGCAUGUUUGCAGAGAACGGACCUUGCGAGGUCGUUCUAAUGGCCGAUGGCACAUACGGCACACAGGCACGCAUGUGGGGUUGGGACAGGAGCUCGAAUGUUCUGUUUAUCGAUCAACCAGCUCAGGUCGGCCUAUCCUACGACACUCUUACCAAUGCUUCUCUUGAUCUUGUGAAAGGCACCUAUCAACCCCCUAGCCCGGCCCCAGAGGGAUACCCCCCUUAUGUCUGGCUGAACGGAACUUUCAGCUCGAACAACCCCAAAUUCACCAGCAAUACGACCGACAUCUCGGCCAGAGCUGCAUGGCAUUUCUUGCAGAGUUUUCUGUCUGCCUUUCCACAAUACAAUCCUGGUGCUCACCCAAACAGCACAAACGUCUCGACCACUGGUAUCAACCUCUUUGCUGAGAGCUAUGGUGGCAUAUACGGCCCUACGUUUGCCAACUACUUCGAGGAGCAAAACAGCAAGCGCGAGAAUGGAACCAUUCCCAAGAACUCUACCCUCGAGAUCAAGCUUACCUCUCUGGGCAUCGUGAAUGGCAUGAUCGAUGUGCUGAUACAGGACUACUACUACGCCACCAUGGCUUACAACAACACCUUCGGCAUCCAGGCCAUCUCGCAGACAGACGAGCUCAACACGAUCGAGGCGUACAACAGCAAAUGUGCCAGCGCGAUUUUGCAAUGUCGCCAAGUUGCUGGUCAAAUUGACCCGGAAGGCGAAGGUGAUGAGCAACAGGCCAACUCGGCAUGUCAAGCAGCGACCUACGCUUGUAAUAGCUUGAUGACGCCUUUCCAGGGAAGCGGUCUCAAUGUAUACGACAUCCGCGUCAAGAACCCAUCGCCAGACCCACCUCAGGCUUUUUUGGAAUAUCUGAAUACAGAAUCGGUGCAGAAAGCCAUCGGUGCUCGAGUCAACUACACCUCUUCGAACAGAGCCGUUCAGGCUGCAUUCAUCAACACGGGAGACUCGGUUCGAGGCGGUCAGGUCGAGGACAUCGCAAAUCUUCUCCGGGCAGGCGUGCGCGUAUCACUGAUGUAUGGUGAUGCCGAUUACAUUUGCAACUGGAUGGGUGGCGAAGCUGCUUCUUUCGCAGUCGCAGCAGCUCUUUCGGACUUUCCUUCGAACGGAUUGUCAUCUUCAUACCUCUCUGGCUGGAACCAGGCAGGAUAUGCCGACAUUGUCGUCAAUAGCAGCUACGUCGGAGGUGCUGUACGACAAUUUGGAAACUUCUCCUUCAGCCGCAUCUAUGAUGCAGGUCAUAUGGUACCAUACUACCAGCCGGAGACUGCUUUCACCGUGUUCACACGAAUCAUCGACGGCACGGACCUCAGCACGGGAGAGGCAAUCAACCUUUCCAACUUCACAUCAUCUGGACCGAUGAACGCAACGCAUGUCAAUGCCGCAACCUUCAAGCAACCAGCACCGACAUGCUGGAUCAGGGACGUAGCAGAUACCUGUUCGAUUGACCAGCUUAAACACAUGCUGCUGGAGGAUGGUAUGGUCGCUGCAGGGGUUUACUAUUCAAAUUCGAAGCAAUACAAUGCUCCCAGCAGUACUGUGACUGCUGGAAAGCCUGGAACACCAGUGGUCCGAUCAUCUACGAGCUUGAGUUCUAGCGGCAGUGGGAGCAGCAGCAGUAGGUCGACUGUGGCUCUGACUGGAGUGUUCACAGCGACUGCGACACCCAGCCCUACUCAAGGAGCAGCUACUGAGCGUGUGACGAUUGCAAAGUGGAUUCAGAAUCUGCUUGCACUUGUUGCUGUGAUGAUGGUUAUGUGA